AUGAGCGGCAGCGACGUGGAUGCCAACAGCACCCAGAAAGAGGCUCCAGCUCCCCCAAAUUCCAACGGCUCCGGCCUCAGUGUCAAGAAGCGCAAGAAAGACAGCCUCAAGCCCAUAAUCACCAUGGAGGGGCCACCACCGCAGCGACCUGCAGACGCGGAUACGGCAGCAGAAUCAGGCAAGACGGCUAAGCAGCAGAAUGCCGACAUGCACGAAACCCGCCAAUUGCCCAGCGCCACCAUGGCUCACUCGCCGUCCUCAUCGUCGGCGGCUGACGACCCCGCCGAGAACACGGCCGACGAGGAAGAUUCCGAAGACUACUGCAAGGGCGGUUACCAUCCCGUCCAGAUUGGCGAAAAGUUCAAGGACGGCAAGUACACGGUUGUGCGCAAGCUGGGCUGGGGUCACUUCUCGACCGUCUGGUUGUCGCGAGAUAACACCAACGGCAAACACGUCGCGCUCAAGGUUGUGCGCUCCGCCACCCACUACACUGAGACGGCCGUCGAUGAGAUUAAGCUUCUCAACAAGAUCGUCCAGGCCAAUCCCAACCAUCCCGGCCGCAAGCACGUCGUCAGCCUCCUCGACUCGUUCGAACAUAAGGGCCCGAACGGCACUCACAUGUGCAUGGUCUUCGAGGUGCUAGGCGAGAACCUGCUGGGCCUCAUCAAGAGAUGGAACCAUCGUGGUAUCCCCAUGCCUCUUGUCAAGCAGAUUACCAAGCAGGUCCUGCUCGGCCUGGAUUACCUGCACCGGGAGUGCGGUAUCAUCCACACGGACCUCAAGCCCGAGAACGUCUUGAUUGAAAUUGGUGAUGUUGAGCAGAUUGUCAAGAAGGUGGUCAAGCCCGAGACGCCUGACAAGGAGAACAACCGCAACGGUCGCAGACGACGUAGGACGCUCAUUACUGGCAGCCAGCCGUUGCCAUCUCCCCUCAAUGCCAACUUCAACCACAACAACCUAUUCCCAUCAUCUACUUCUCAGGGCAGCCUGGCCGGAAUGCUGGAUAGCAAGACCAAGGAUGGAUCGCCAGCCGAUGAUGCUCAUAAGAGAGAAAAAUCCGCUGACCUCUUGACUCGCGAAGUGUCGGGGAUCUCCCUUGACAAGUCCAACACACCCUCGGGCUCCAGUGACAAGCGCAAGGCGGAUGAUGCGCAUGCAUUUGAGGUGAUUAGCGUCAAGAUUGCCGACCUGGGCAAUGCGUGCUGGGUCAAUCACCAUUUCACCAAUGAUAUUCAAACGCGGCAAUAUCGAUCUCCAGAGGUGAUUUUGGGUGCAAAAUGGGGUGCAAGUACAGACGUCUGGAGCAUGUCUGCCAUGGUCUUUGAGCUGAUUACGGGCGACUAUCUGUUUGACCCUCAGUCAGGCACUAAGUAUGGCAAGGACGACGAUCACAUCGCGCAGAUCAUUGAGCUGCUGGGACCCUUCCCACGCUCACUGUGCCUCAGUGGCAAAUGGAGUCAGGAGAUAUUCAACAGGAAGGGAGAGCUCCGGAACAUUCAUAGGCUGAGGCACUGGGCUCUGCCGGAUGUCCUGAGAGAGAAAUAUCAUUUCAAAGAGGACGAGGCUAAGCGCAUCUCGGCCUUUUUGACUCCGAUGCUGGAGCUCGUGCCAGAGAAGCGCGCUAACGCCGGCGGCAUGGCAGGACAUCCGUGGCUGGACGACACGCCUGGCAUGAAGGGCGUUAAGAUUGAGGGGCUUGAGGUUGGCAGCCGCGGAGAGGGGAUUGACGGCUGGGCCACCGAGGUCCGCAAGCGAUGAGUUUGGAGCCCUAUAGACGGACAGGAGCCAUGGAUCAAGCCAUGUUGCGCAAGUAUUUUUGGACCAUACUACGCCGCCAACUAAUGAAAUGGAUGGUAGAAGAUUGGUGGCCCGGCAUAAUCGAAAAUGCCCUGGGCAGCCUUCCGAAGUCAAGGUAGAUAUGAAAAAUGAUUCCCUUAUGAAACAAGGAAGAAAGCGACAAAAGCAAGAAAAAAUCACAAAAAAAGUUGGCGGGGAGCUAGCCAUCACAAUUUUGAGAUGUGUCGAAACGGCGACGAUAGAUAGACUUGCAAUGUGAUGAUGUCUUUUUUCAUCAUAGCUACCAAUUUCAAACAAGUCGUGUGCUACUACCUUUUAUCCUGUCCUGUCUAUCUGGUCAUGAUGCCUUGUAGCGACUCAGGAUGCCAUCCAAUGAAGGGAUAAAUAGCCAAACAAACAGACAGCCAAACAAACAAACAAACAAACCAAUGGCCUGUUAAAUACACAAUCAUACAUGUCUUGCCGAUUUCAAUGCCGAGUUUCCUUUCCCAUCUUUGUCUUUCUCACUCUCGUCUCUCUUGUCUCUCUUGUCUCUCUUCCCUGUACGGUUAUAUCAAGCACGUAUAUCUUCAUGUUUCCCGUGUCCACACCGCCAAACAACCAAUAGUAGAGUUAGGUUAGAUAGAUAGGUAGGUUAUUGAAGGGAGGAAGGUAAGUGAUAGGUAUAGUACAGCAAAGGUAGGUAAAGAUAGGUAGGUAGAGUCGGCCAAUACCUAGGAUAAAACCUCGAAAAUAUCAAGGUAAGAUGCUUUAGAGCAUAGAGAGAGAAGAAGAAAAAGAAAAAGGAAAGCAAGAAAAAAGACUCCGUUACAAAGGAAAGCUGCGUGAAGCAGUCGUAUGAGAGAAAAAAGAAAAGGAGAUAAUACAACCAGCCAAAAAAGCAAAAAAAAGCAAGCAAAACCAUGCGGGGAGAUAUCACUGCAAACAGUACGCCUUCCUCCGAGCCCUUUGUUUUCUCUUCUUCUUUUCUCUUUCUCCUUGCCUCAUCGAGUUUCUUCUUGUUUUGAAUCUUUUCUUUUUUCCCAUCCUCCCUGCCCAUGAAAAAAACCCACAACCCCCCCGAGUUUCCUAACCUAGGCCUUUCUUCGAGCCUGCAAAAAACCAAUACGCCUGCCCCGUUGCAGAGUCAUCCGCAGCCACUUACUUCUUACUUCGCGCUGAUCUCCUGGCCUUGACUGCAGCGGCUGGCCCGUCGGCUUGGGAACUUGAGAGCCCGUUUUCCCGGCUUGCGUCCUCGUCUUGAAGGUCACAAACGUCAGUCUCCGGCGUCGUUGGCUCUUUGCUCGAGCUCGUGUCCUUUUCUUUCUCUUGUGAUUUGAGGACUUCUCUUACGAUGCGCUUCCCUUCAUCCAUUUCGCCG